CGAUAGAAUAAACUACUAGCGAUGCCGUGUUCGAAGAAGCUUGUCUCUCACGCAUUAACCAAUAACAUCAAGGUCAAAAUGGAGAUGCUCUGAUUUUAUCAUACGACCUCGGACAGAAGUCCAAUUGGAUAUGAACAUGCAUACUAUUGGCGUUGCACUCACUUGCCCUUAUGUGGCAUGACGUCAACGAGCUUUCAUACCAUUUAUUUCGGGGAGAACCAGUCUAACCCCGAGAGAUGUGCUGUUUGUGUCUGACAAUUAAGUCCUCUAACGUUUCUAGUUUCGGUAACACCAUGGUGAUUGGAUAAAUUAUCCAUUCGGCCGACGAGGACGACUAUAUCAAGGUCCCCCGCUUCAGUCGAUGAAGUGGCACCUAGAUUUACCAAUGUUAUCAGCACUUGGCAGGGAAAGGCAUUGCAAUACCUAGUGCGCGAAUAGAGACAUCUCUCUCUUCUUGCUGCCAUACCUACGCAUCAGAAGCAAGGAAAUAACAAACGUAAAACAUGUUAAGAGUCAGCGCAAGGGAGGGUCGCCCUCUAAUGCAGGCCGUCUCUUCCGGAUCCACUUGGCCGAGGUCUCGCUUGCAAAAGACUAGCAGGCCUUUAACCCCAAAGGCUUUCAUGUCAGUGAGUACUCAAUGCAGGCCGGAAUCUGAAUACCAUAAACAGGGGGCGUCCAGCCACCCACAACGUAGGCAAUGGACUACAGGUGUCGGUAUUGCCAUUGCUUCAUCCGCCCUCUUUCUCUCAGGAUUUACUGGUUAUUAUUUAGGCAUUGCAAAAAAACCGGAACCAGCAGGGACAUCUACUACGCCGCUCAAAGAAUUUCCACCGCCAUGCCAUGAUACUUCUCAAUCCAACAUCCAAGGAGCAGUUGAAGAGUUCGUUGGUAUCCUGGGCAAGGACAAUGUCAUCAGUGAUAAAGAAGCUUUGGCACCCUACUCCACUUCCGAGUGGUCAUCUUAUUCUCCGAGUAAAACCGAGGUCUCCUCAGUAGUUGUUUGCCCUUCGACUACAGAAGAGGUUUCCCGCGUGAUGGAAAUCUGUCACCGACGCAGACUUCCAGUGACAGCAUAUGCAGGGGGAACGAGUCUCGAGGGGCACUUUGCGCCGACCAGAGGAGGGGUCUGCAUUGACUUCCAAGGCAUGGACCAAAUCCUAACAGUGCACAAAGAUGAUUUGGACGUCGUAGUACAACCUGCGGUGCAGUGGGAAGUAUUGAACGAAGAACUCGCUAGGGAUGGGCUCUUUUUCCCUCCAGACCCUGGUCCUGGCGCAAUGAUUGGUGGUAUGGUCGGUACCGGCUGUUCUGGAACAAAUGCGUAUCACUAUGGGACAAUGCGUGACUGGGUACUGUCUCUGACUGUUGUUCUGGCCGAUGGGACAAUUAUCAAGACCAGACAGAGGCCACGGAAAUCUAGCGCCGGUUAUGAUCUGACUAGGAUAUUCAUCGGCAGUGAGGGUACACUUGGGCUAGUCACAGAGGCGACAUUGAAGCUGGCUGUCAAGCCGAUUAAUGAGGCAGUGGCAGUUGCGUCUUUUCCGUCUGUCCAUGAUGCAGCCAGCUGUGUUUCCGAAGUGGUCAAAAAGGGGAUAAAUAUUGCCGCCGUGGAACUCCUGGAUGACGUCCAGAUGAAGUGCAUCAACACGAGCCAAACAACAAGUCGUUCGUGGGACGAGGCCCCAACGUUGUUCUUCAAGUUUUCUGGAGCGCCCGGUGAAGUGAAGGAGAAAAUUGCAAUUGUUCAGGAAUUAGCCGAGAAUGCUAAUAAGAAGACUUUCACGUUUGCCCGCAGUUCGGAGGAGGUUGAUGAGUUGUGGAGUGCAAGAAAGGUGGCGCUGUGGAGUAUUCUGCAGAUGAAACAGCAGCCCACGGAUCAUGUCUGGACUACCGAUGUAGCUGUGCCAAUGAGCAGACUGCCCGAUAUCAUCGAGCAAACUAGAGAGGAGAUUUCUGCCAGUGGUUUACUUGGAGGCAUAGUGGGCCAUGUGGGCGAUGGGAACUUUCAUGCAAUGCUCCUCUUUAAUGAUGAUCAACGCCAGGUAGCGGAGAGUGUUGUCCACAACAUGGUGAAGCGUGCUGUGGAAAUGGAAGGGACUGUUACUGGGGAGCAUGGAGUGGGAAUGGUGAAGAGGGACUAUCUGGAGCAUGAACUUGGUAAGACAACUGUCGAUACCAUGCGCAGAUUCAAACAAGCUCUUGACCCUCUUUGCCUGCUCAAUUGUGAUAAGGUUGUGAGAGUUCAGACCCCAGAGCAGGGAGAAAUCCCCAAGUGGUAAGCGUCAAGGAUAAAAUAAAAGAACUGGUAUCUAGGCUUUUGCUAGGCUUUAUAACAGAUGUAUUAUGAACAUACUUGGUUCCUGUGAGGGCUUGUCACGGGAGACUGCCAGUGAAUGCCUGCUGUCUGCCUGAUUCUAUUCGUUGCCUCCCUCAUUCACCGCGCUUAAUGUCACUUACUCCAUUGCUUCCUCUGUUCCCCUUC